AUAUAUAUAAUGCAUGUAAUCAAUGUUACAAACACGACAAAUGAUGUAUUGGUCACUCAGUGGGCGACCGCUUUCGAGAGCCGCCAACAAAGUGAUUCACUAUUGUUGGAAUUGUUGCCCACACUGUUAGGUGUGGCCGCAUCGGGACGGUUGACACCAUUUCUAAUACCGACACUAAUCAAGAUUGUCAUUUUGCCACUACUCAAGAUAGUCAAUACCAUAUCAAAAGUUUUCAUAAUAACCGGAUGUUUCUCCUAUUUUAUAACCAUUAUUUUACCGCUACUUCUUAAAUAUUACGGAUUAAUGCCAUUGACUGCAAAAUCGGCCGAAAAUAUGUAUUAA